GUGAAGACGUUAUUGCAGUCGUCACAGUUCAGUGUUCUUAAUCUGUGCGUCCAUGUACACAUAUAUGUCCUUUAUUACACUCUAUUAAAUAGAGUAAUACUAACUGUUUGUAUAUUAGUCUGAGCGCACUUUGAUGCUUCUCCAGCUAGCUUAGCUUGCUAGUUAGCUUAGCUUGUUAGCUGCUAACAAAGAGAGGCGGAAGUGAUGAAAACACAUCGCUAAGCAGAGAUCAAGUGUGAGUGUAAAGUGUUGUGAUUGUGUGAAAAUGUGCGAAAGAACCAUAGCAGAGUACGAGGAGGAACUUUGUCCAACAAAAGAGGAGAAGAAGCGACAACUUGAAAAACAUCAAGUUGUGUUACACAAUACAGACAUCCAUCAGCUGAUUGGACACCAAGAAGAAUGUCUCCCUCAUCUACAGGGGGACAGUUUCACUUUCGAGGAUCCACAGCCCUCACAUUUUAAAGGGGACAAGGAGGAUCCACAGCCCCCUUAUUUUAAAGAGGAUGUGGAGGGAGAGUGUCCUGUAGGGCAGGAGGAGGAUGAUGUCAGCAAGUUUCCACUGACUGUUGUCUCUGUGAAGACUGAAGAGCAUGAAGACAAAGCACCUGAGUCCUCACAGCUUCAUCACAAUCCAAACGUUCAACAGCCCCUUCACAUUAACGAGGAAGAGGAUGAUCCACAGCCCACCCACAUUAAAGAGGAAGAGGAGGGAGAGUGUGUUGUAGGGCAGGAGGAGGAUGAUGUCAGCAAGUUUCCACUGACUGUUGUCUCUGUGAAGACUGAAGAGCAUGAAGACAAAGCACCUGAGUCCUCACAGCUUCAUCACAGUCCAAGUAAGCACAUAUCAUUUUAUUCUCAGGGCAUUCAAUCCAUCACAACUGGACUGUUCACUUUGUCUUAGAAGACUCAUCCAAGUAGGCUUCAUCACUUCAUGCUCAUACACU